AUGACAGCCGAAGCUGCCCAGGAACGCCUAGUAGCCCAGCGUCGAAACCGUCCCCUCGCUCCACACCUUGAGAUAUACAAAUGGGAGUAUGUCUCAGUGACUUCUGCGAUGCACCGCAUCACCGGGGUCAUGCUUGCCGGAGGACUUUAUACUUUUGCAACGCUGUAUCUAAUUGCGCCAGCUCUGGGCCUGCAUCUUGAAUCAGCCCCUAUGGCAGAAGCAUUUGGAUCUCUUCCCUUGGUUGUUAAGACGGCACUGAAGUUUGGCGUCUCAUUUCCGUUCACAUAUCAUGGGUUCAAUGGACUCAAACAUUUGGUGUAUGACACGGGACAUUUAAUGAGCAAGACGAAUAGUGGAAGGGCAUCUUAUAUUGUAUUGGCAUGCAGUGUGAGUGCCUCGCUUGGUUUGGCUCUUUAUAAAUUCUGA